AUGCGGCUUGUGGAGCUCUUUACUCCUAACGACGCGUCAAUUGUUACCAUGAAGAGCUUUUACCUUGUCGGAGCUUCGGCCCUUAUUUCGUCGGCUGCUGCUCGAACAUUCACCGUCUUCAAUGCUUGCCCUUUCACUAUCUGGCCUGCGAUGUUCACCGAUUUGAACGUUGCACCGAACGUCCCAAACUUCCAAACUGGAUGGGAAGCACCCUCUUUCACUAAAGUAUCUUUUACUGUUCCGAAUAACUGGAAGGCUGGUCGUAUCUGGGCCCGCCGCGAUUGUAACUUUGCAACCAAUCCCGGUCCCAAUUCGUGCUUGGAUGGCGGCUGCAAUGGUGGCUUGCAAUGCGAUCCUCACACCGGCACCGGUGUCCCGCCUGCCACUGUAGCAGAGUGGACUCUCGAGGGAGACGGGAACCGUGACUUCUACGAUAUCUCUCUCGUUGACGGGUACAAUCUCCCCGCAAGGAUCACCAACAACGUGGGAUGCCCCGUUGCUGACUGCCCAGUUGACCUCGGUCCGAAUUGUCCUUCCCAGCUUAAGGGACCAUUCGACUCUACUGGCUUCCCUGUAGGAUGCAAGAGUGCUUGUGUCGCUAACUUGGAUGGCAACCCAACCAACUCAGCCAACUGCUGCUCUGGCUCACAUAAUACCCCCGCGACUUGUCCUCCCUCAGGUGUCCAAUUCUACAGCUAUUUCAAACAAAACUGCCCCAACUCUUACGCAUACGCCUUCGACGAAUCAAGCGGUACUGCGCUCUGGACGUGCGACUCCGGUCUGAACGCCGACUAUACUCUGACCUUCUGCCCUUGA